AUGGCUUUCCGAGGUAUGGGACUGCUCAUCCUACUGCUUUCCAUCGCCGCCUUGGCCACGGUGGCGCAGCCCACGCAAUACACUAUUGAUCUCGGGUUGACGGGGGAGCCCGACGGCCACGGGCUGAUGGCGGCCGCCUUGGAAGACCAGGAGUUCAUGAUGGAAUCUGAAACCGCACGCCGCCAACUCUGGAACGGGGGUGAGGGGUACGUCGGCUACCGCUCGCUCGGGAAAAACAAUCUACCGUGCAGCCGGCGCGGGGUGUCAUACUACAACUGCAACGGCAACCAGCGUGCCAACGUCUACAACCGUGGCUGCACCAGGGCCACCAGGUGCGCUAGAAGAACCCGUUAA